UGAGCAGACUCCUCCGUGAUCUAAAGCCGACAGUUGAAGGUGUCUGUCCAGGAGUGAAGAAGGUAAAGGGGAAUAACGGCCGAAGACCCUUGGCACAGAAUGGACGGAGAGGACCCCUUCAUGAUCCUGAACGGCACCGCUGCUGUGAGGUCACCGCACAGGUAUGCUGGCUCUCUGAUUGGCUACUUCUACCACAGCAUCAUCACGCAGGUCAGGCUGGACCCGCACCCAGGCGGCUAUGGAACGGGCGCCAAGACCACAGAACUACUCAACGUUUUAGGUAAAAACGUCAUCAUCCUGGCCACCUUCUACUUCGUGGGUCUGUGCCUGGGCAUCGGCUCCUUCAUCUGGGCCGGCCUGGCUCUGGCCCGGCGCCGGCGCGGAGGCGGCUCAGUGUCGGCCCUGGUCAUCGGCCUCCUCCUGUCCGACCUCCUGGAGCUACUGAUGCUGCCUGCCAUGGCAACGCUGACUCUGGACAUCCUCGUCUGCUUCAAGGGCCUGAACUGCCUGGCAGUGCUGAUGCAGUUUGGUGCGGCGCGGCAGUGCGGAUACUGCCUUCACCAGUGGGUGGCGCUGGAGGGCGUUCUGGCCUACAGGAGCUCUAAGAGCACCACACGUCUCUCCUCAGCCCCCUACGCCGUGCCUAUCUCCCUCAUCGCCUGGGAGCUCCAAGGCACCACACGUCUCUCCUCAGCCCCCUACGCCGUGCCCAUCUCCCUCAUCGCCUGGCUGUGGGGCUUCCUCUGCAACGCCUACUUCGCCAACGUCUCGUUCCUCCUGGCCUCCAUGCUCAUGAGCUGGGUCAUCAACGGCUUCACGGGCCUCCUGGCGAUCGCCACGGCCAUUACGGCCGCCCUGGCAGUCCAGCGAGGAGGGGGGAGGAGCAGCAGCGAAGCAUCGGAGCAGCCACGCGUGGUGGGAGUGGCGCCCAGGUCCAGGUGGACGGAGCUGUUGCCUGUGCUCGGGGUGUCCUGGUGCACGCUGGUGCUGGUGUACGGGCCGUCCACCGUGUGGUACGUGCUGGCGGCCUGCGGCGUCCAGUCGCUGGCCAUGCUGGAGCUGUACUUCACCUCUGUGGGCCUCAUGACGCUGCGGCUGGUGACCGACCCCCUGCUGUGCGUGCUGGUAGUGUGUCACGGCAGGAGGAACAGCGCUACAGUGGCUGCCGCCGCCGACGGCACCACCACCACCGUCGCUAAGGACAGCCAGGGCAACGUCAUCUUCGAGCCUUCCUCCUCCUCCACCUCCCCCAACUACUCAGACAAUCCCACUGGAAGUGAUCUCAAGGAUAUGAUGUCACCUUCAGAAGUGUUUGCACACCGCUACCAAUGAACCAUCGAUAAUAAUAGUACUGUACAUAAGUCAGGAUAAAUAAAAAAUGAACACAGUUCAAUA